CUUGUUUGCUCAGAUUUUUACUUGAACACAUCCAACCAGCUGAAUCGCCAUCGUCCAUAAGAUUAUCAGUUGCAAAUCCUAUCGCAAUGGCAUACAUCCAGGCUGCGACACCUCCACCUGAGGCAGCUUACUCUUCCAAGCUCAUUCCAGGGAACUUUAGCAACAGCCUUCGAGAGCUGGCGAGAGACGAAACAUCCUCCGACUUCACGAUUGGGUGCAAAAGCAAUGGCCGCGAAUACAAAGUUCACACAAUCAUCGUCAAGCUCAGCUCCUCAUACUUCACGCCCGUUUUCAACAAGCAAUUCCAAGAAGGUCAGACAGGACGGAUUGAUCUGCAAGACGACUGGGAAGAAGCAAUCGAGAUCAUGGUUCACUACUUCUACAAUCUUCACUACGCGUUGCCAGAGUGGGCUGACACCGCCGAGAAUGAUCGCGGACUCGGAAGGCUGAAGGCUCAUGCGUACGUCUGGGCGACAGCAGACAAGUACCAAGUCCCCAGCCUCAAAAUCCGAGCGGCCGAGUAUUUCGAAGACGUGGCCACCAAGGCUGGCAACAUGUUUGUGUGGAACCCACAACUUCAAGGACCUGCUCAGCUAGGACAACAAGCAAUGCGUGCCUACGUCGUGUCGCAGCCGCACGUCUCCGAUCUCGUCGAUGCAAUUGAUUUCAUUUAUCAGCAUCCGUUUCGCGAGCUUCAAAAAAGUGUUGUUAAAGUUUGGAGUGAGUUGCCACUGGAGGUCAAAUCGGCCAUUCCGGAGGAGUCGAUGCUGAGCUUGAUGAGGAAGUAUCCAAAGUUAGGUGUGGACUUGGCUUUAAGGUGCACGAGUUAUGGUGUAGUUUGAUGGGUUUACUUCCAUCAACCGCGUACCUACAUGCAGUGCUUGAAUGAUAGAUGGCGUUUCCAGAUGAACAACAUUGAGAUGUAGAGAGAGCAGCGAAGGGUUAAGGAGAAUUGGACAUCGGAAGAUUAAACCAUGUUGAAAG